GAGCGCACGGCUCAAACACUUCCAUCUUUGAACGUAUCGCAGUUGUCUUCCCAAAAUAGCCUUCUCCUCACCGCCUUAUAUGUGCAGGCCCUUCAGCGUGCGCCUGAGGGGGCAUCAUGUAUCUAGGCCACACAAUACUGGCUGUGAGUUCAUUGUUGCUGCCUACCAGCAGGUCUGUCUCUGCCCCAGAGACGAGGCCUCUCUACAUGUAGCGGGACUUUUUAACCAUGCAUCUUACUCAACUCAACCGCGAGUGUCUCCUCCACCUUUUCUCCUUCCUGGACAAGGACAGCCGGAGAAGUUUGUCACUCACCUGUUGUCAGCUGCGUGAAGUCUACCUUGACCCCUGCCUAUGGAACCUGCUCCACUUCAGUUCCCCUUGUCAGCUUAGAUGGGACAACUAUGUGCUGGGAUCAUCAUUGCGUUACUUAACUAUAUGCUGGUACUCCAGCAGAGUCCAGCUGGUGUGCAACAUUGAGGACUGGUUGAAGAGCUCGUUCCAGAAGGACAUCUGCAGCAAACAUGACAGCCUGGUCAGCACUUUCCUGGCCCAUGUGUGCCACAUGUGUCCUAACCUUCUCACCCUGACGUUGUCCGGCUGCGCACACAUCACCGACCAGGACGUGGUCUCUGUACUGCAGAGGUGCAAGAAACUGCGCAGCCUACGACUAGAAAACUGCGUGCGCAUCACAGACCGAAGCCUGCAAGGUGUAGCAGAGCACGGGGACAACCUGGAGGAAGUAAGAGUGGAUUUCUGCAGGAACAUCACUAAGGCGGGGCUGCAGAGCUGUAAGGAGAUGAGACCGGUCAUCCAGCUGACCGCGGAGAGGAGCGCUGAUAUGAUUCCUGAUAACAAACCUGAAGAGAAGGAGCCACUUAGCAAAGCACUGCAGAAAUUCCUCCUGUACUCCUGAAGAAAACUCCUAAUGGAUAAAACACUUCUGACACUUUUAAAUGAGGACUUGACAGUGAUGAUUAUGCUCCUUUUGAUAAAUUAUUAUUUUGAGAUUAAAUUUUAAUAACAUUUUGUACAUUUUAUAUUCCCCCUUUAAUAGAUUUUGUUUCCUAUUAAGACCAAUGCAGUUUCUUCAAAGUCUUAUCUCGAUGUGGCCUUAACUCUGAUUCUUAACUCACACUUUAAUACUGUAAUUAUUUCACUUUGAUGAUUGAGCAACCGGUUUGUAGUUUGCUUUUGUAAAUUAUACCAUCUCUACAUGUGUAUGAAGACAAUAAGGACCUGGAUGGCUGCUAAGACAAAAAUCAUAAAAGAGAAGAUUUAUUUUGUUCCUACACAAAUGGUUAAAAAAACUCUCAAUGCCUUUUUGUUUCAGUAGCACAGAGAUUGUAUUAUCUUUGUUUUUUUAUGUACAAAAAAUGUUAAAUUAAAGUUUGCCAUUUUAUGAGGAAGUAUGAGUCAGACAAUUUCUUGGCAAUAUAUUUCUUGGUACUAGUGAUUUCCUGGAGGAUUCCUGGAACAUUUGUCUUCCAAUCUAAGAUAUGUUCAAAGGUAAAUUUAUUAUCUGAUGACAGUUUAUUAUCAACACAGCAAAUCCAAAACUGCCCAAGUAUUCAUAAUUCUUGAAAGCCUUUAAUAGACAAGGUUUCUACACAAAUUCUCUCUAUAAAGAUGCAUACAUGCAGGGUGUGACUUCUCCGAUAUGACCUUUAUAUAUGUGUUGGGAAAAUAUGCUUACUGGAAACAUUGACUCAUAGAAUUGCAUAAAUACUUACCAUCCAGUUUAUUAUGUCAUGCUAGCUAGAACAAUGUUAAACCUUAUUUUGUCUUAAGAACUGUCUUAAUUCGUCCUGACAUGCAGCAGAUAAACAAGUAUCAAAUACAUUAUUAAUUUUUUUCAGCUUAAAUAAUUUUAACAAGACCGUUUUCACACAAAUGUCAACAACCCAGGUAAUUCUCAAAUACAAAGAAAUCAAAGUAAGUCAGUGUAUGAAUGGGCUGACUUACUUUUUAUUACCUGCAGGCAAUAAAAAUAUGACAUUUAAAACUAGAAUAUUAAAUCAGCCCAUAAAAACAUUUAAUAUAGAAAUGCUGGCUUAUUGAAAACUAAGUUUAGCACCAGCGUAAAGUUUAUUGACAAAAAGUACUUUUAAUCUGACAAACUGUCCUCAUCUGAAUGGACAUUCUAAUCUAUUGAAUAUUACUGUAUUUACAGU